AUGACUGACAUCCGUCUUCCAGAACGCAGGCCUUCUCCCCUCGCAUCAAACAAUCCGUUCCGCAGCCGUCUCUCCGACAAUGGCACCAGUCCAGCGCUUCCUCCCAUCAGAAGUGUUACCACAAAUCCAUUCCUUGAUGCCAGUGAAAUAGUGUCGCGGGAUGGAGCAACCAGGGCCACAACUGCGACUAACAAUGUAAAAACCCCUUCGGCCGAUGAAACUACAGACUUCUUUGAAUUGCUGAACAUCAAUGACUCGGCUUCAAAGCCUGCGCAACAACUAUCUGUGAACGGCGCUGGACGUAGAGAAAAUGGUGGUUCGCGACCUUAUCCGAGGAGACUCCCAUCCCGCCACAGACCAAGCAACUCCGACGAAGAGCGUCGACGCCAACAAGCUAACCCUCGAACCCGGCAAGACGAGCUUGACAUCUUUGCAGAUCCACCGGCACCGGCACCGAAUCGUCCUCGUGCCGCCCGUCCGCCUCGGCGCAACUCGGAAUCAUCCGUCCGCGACAAGCUCAAGCCGCUGGAUCCUGAAGCAGAAAGAAGGAGGAAGGACAGGAAACAAAGAGACGAAAAAGGCUCCCAACGUUCCAAGAAACCCAGCGCAAAGUUGGAUAUCAUUGACAAACUCGACGUCACCAGCAUCUACGGGACUGGAUUAUUCCAUCAUGAUGGCCCGUUCGAUGCCUGUAAUCCCCAUCGCAACCGAAAGGGUGCUAGACAAGCUCCGAUCCAAGCAUUCCCCAAAGACUCGGUCAACAUGCAACUUGGAGGUUCGGGUCCUCUCAACUCCAAACUAAACCUUGACCAGUACCAUGGGCGGGGUCAAGAGGCACACGUCGAUUACAAUGAAGCCGCUGUCGCAGAUGAGGAUGUCGAGUAUCUUCGUCGCCCACAAAUUGAUCGGGGCGCCAGCUUUAACCCUACGGCUCGGACGGAACCAGUCCAUGGUGAGGAGACGUAUGGUCUUGGUACAAGCACAUUCUUAGAAGGUGCCCCUGCCAGCCGAGCCGCGAUCCAACGGCGCGAGAGCGAGUAUGAAGCCGCUCAGCAAGCAGCCAAUACAGCAGGAUUGUCUCGCAAGAAGAGCUUGGCACAAAGAAUCAAAUCCGUCCGUCCAAAGUACUCCGAUACAGGACGCAUGACCUCUCCUGAGCCCAUGGGAGUGACGGGCAGUCCACUAGGCACAGGACGAUCGGAUCAAAACGCCACCAAUCCAUUCUUCCAGGACUACGACAGAGACUAUGACAGGAAAGCCCCACAGAUUGCCUUUGUCGACGAACAGCAAAAGACCGGUCGAGCUCGUGCACCUAGCAGUCCUCGACGAGGUUUUGUAGGUCUGGAAAGAAGAGUGACUGCUGACAGCAUGGGUACUGAAGAACCCAAAUCUGGUGGUGGCUUUCUCAGUCGCGUCAAGAGCAUGAAAGGAGGCCGCAGCCGAACGCGUGAACGCGGAAAUACUGGGGCAUCCUAA